AUGAGUUGGCAAAUUAAUGCAUAUUGUUUAACAAAUGAAUUUAAUUUAAAUAUUAAUAACACACCGACUAAUUGUUUAUUAGAUAGUGGUGCAAAUGUUAGUUUAAUUAGUAGUAAUUAUUGUAAACAUUCCAAUCUUAAGAUCCAACUUACUCACGUUAACAUUAAAGAUGCUUCUAACAACCCAAUGCAUAUUGACGCAAAAAUAACAUUGACGUUAGAUGGCGAACCUUUUACGGUAUUUGUAGCUAAAGAUCUUAUUUAUGAUAUGAUAGUAGAGACUGAUAUAAUAAUGAAAUCACAUUUAAUUUUUGAAAAAUUCACGACGUUACUAAGACCUGCAGUUAACGCAGUAAAUUUUAAUGAUACACUAGAAAACUUGAUAAAACAAAAUGAGAAAGCAUUCUCCAAGAUCACUCACCAAUUAGGAAAAAGACCAACACCAUUAGCACUAAGAGAAAUAGUAAAAAAGAAAAUAGAUGAAAUGUUGCUACAUAAAAUAAUUUGGUCAUCUAAUUCACCUUGGAGCGCUCCACUACAAAUAGUAGCAAAAGGUGAGAAAGACGUUCGACUAUGCGUAAAUUAUCGAAAACUGAAUAGAAUUAUUAAGUUAGAUGCAUAUAGUUUACCAAAUAUGCAACUCUUUUUACAAAAUCUCCAUGAUAGAACAGUAUUCUCCAACAUAGACUUGACUAAAAGAUACUGGCAAGUAGGUUUAACUGAAGAAAGUAAACAAUAUACAGCUUUUAGUUGUGAUUUAGGACUUUUUUAA